AUGGGGCUUUGUUUAUCGUCCGAAGAAAGAGCUGAACGUAAUCACAGCAAAUCAAUUGAUCGGACGAUCAAGAAAGACGGUGUGAAACUAAGAAUGGAGUGCAAGAUCUUGCUUCUAGGCAGUGGAGAAUCAGGCAAAUCAACCAUCGUUAAACAAAUGAAAGUAAUUCACCAGAACGGAUACACUGAAGACGAGCUUUACACCUGGCGAUCAACAGUUUACAAAAACAUCAUAGAAUCUGCUCAGGCAAUUGUGGCAGCUAUCAACAAGUACGAAUACGAAUACCAAAACGAGAAGAAUAAGGCAAGUCGAGUUUGUCAUGCAGAACGCAUUGCAAGCUACUUGUUAGGAAAUAACACAAAUGUCGUUCUUGAUAAAGAAAUUGUGAUUGCUAUCAAUUGCAUAUGGACAGAUGAAGCAGUUGCAAAGUUACUGGACCAGGAGUCUAGUGGCUUUUAUCUUAUGGAUUCUGCAUCUUAUUUCUUUGAUGAAAUUAAGCGGAUAGGAGAAUCAGAUUAUCUUCCAACCACACAAGACGUCUUGCAGGCAAGAUCAAAGACUACAGGAAUAACAGAAACCCGCUUCUCGGCAGACACCUUUAAUAUUCACAUGUUUGAUGUUGGUGGACAACGAUCAGAACGUAAAAAAUGGAUCCAUUGUUUCGAGGCAGUAACUACAAUCAUAUUCUGUGUAUCGCUGAGCGAAUAUGACCAGACACUUCUUGAAGAAUCUCGACAAAAUCGCAUGAUGGAAAGUCUGGUGCUAUUUGAAUCAGUGAUUAAUAGCCGUUGGUUUAUCCAUACAUCCAUUGUUCUCCUUCUAAACAAGGUCGAUGUACUAAAGGCUAAACUUCCAAAAGUUCCUCUUGAGCGAUACUUCCCUGACUAUAAAGGUGGUAAAGAUUAUCUGAGCGCAGCAAGGUACUUUGACUGGCGGUUUAAACAAACGAACCGGGCCAACUUGAGGAUCUAUACCCAUUGUACUCAGGCGACCAGUACAUCAAACAUCCGCGUUGUAUUUCAUGCUAUCAAAGAGACAACAUUAAGAAAUUCACUUCGAGAGUCUGGCAUGUUGUAACGUAUACAGGCAGACACAUACACAUACACAUACAUAUAUACAUACACAUUAUUGCUUUACAUCACAUUACAUACAUACAUAUACAUACAGAAAGAAAAAUCAAGCUUUUCUCUCAUUCUCUCUCUCUACGACAGAAAGCUAUGGUCAGCUCGGCCAAGCUGCAUGCAUAUUAUGCACCCUUUGUACCAAAUUUAACUUUCCACUACAUUUCAUUGCUCCUAUUUCUCGAUAAUAUUGGUGAACAGGCCCUCUCUAUACUCCCCCCCAACCCCUUUUGAUCUCUCCUUCCUUUCCUCCAUAUCUAUCAAUCUAUCAAUCUAUUCUCUCACUCUUUCCAUUUACUUCACCCCCCAUUUUCCAUUUUUCUUUUGUAUAAAAUAAAAAGCCACAACCAAGCAACAAUUAAAAUAU